AGCCAGCUCAGUCUGUCGGGUGUAUAAACUCGUAAACACGGCUUUGAUCAGUGUAGAGGAACAUGGCGCUUAACAGGAACCAUUCUCCUCAGGGAGCGGUUCUCAUCGACAACAGUGAGAGUGUGCUGAGAGACUGUAAGAAUGUGGAGCUCUCAUUCAGUGACCUUACACAGAAGAGUGACCUCUUCAAGGGAACCAAGAAAGGCAGCGUGUACCUCACACCCUACAGGAUGGUGUUUGUGAGCAGUAACAUGAAGGAGAAGUUCGGUUCCUUCAUGUUCCCCUAUUACCUGAUGAAGAACUGCAGCAUCGAGCAGCCCGUCUUCGCCGCCAACUACAUCCAGGGCGUCAUCAAAGCAGAAGCCAGCGGUGGGUGGGAAGGUCAGGCCAACUUCAAGAUGUCCUUCCCCAGCGGAGGAGCCAUCGAGCUCGGACAGGACCUCUUCAAACUGGCCUCCAAUGCAUCUCGUCCUCCCGCUCAGAACGGAAUGAACGGAUUCGGUUCCGCCGGCUACAUGAACGGCUACGCCAGCCCGGCCAUGCCUCAGGCCAUGCCUCAGGCCAUGCCUCAGCCCAUGUCUCAGCCCAUGCCUCAGCCGUAUUACAACCCUUACCCCUACCCACCCGCCGCUCCAGCCAUGUACGCCACAGCUCCGCCCUACAUGGCUCCUCCUCCACCUUACCCCGGACCACCUCAGAACUGGAACCCUCCCCCAGUUGCUCCUGGAAAUACCAAGGCAGCAGAAGCAGCUGGCAGUGCUUACUACAACCCCACCAACCCGCACAACGUCUACAUGCCCAUGGAGCAACCUCCACCGUACUUUCCUCCUCAGAAUCACGACGACAAGAAGACCAACUGAAAGCUCUCCGUCUGGACGUGACGUCACGCGACCAUCGCUGGCGUCACUCUCCCUUUAUCCCGACCUGUAUUGGAUAUUAGAUUCAGAGCAAUCAGACACGUUUAUCCCGUCUCCUGUUUCCUCUCCGAGUGAAUGUGAGCGCGCGAGUGAGUGUUUUAAGCGAGUGUGAAGCGGCGACCGAGGGGAGACGGAUAAAUCUAAAUCCUGUUUAUAACUGGUGACAGUUUUCUAGCUUUUCUGUACGUGUACGUUUUCACUGUUUGUAAUCAGAUCGUUAGAUUUUAUUAACGAGGAGAUUCUGCGUAGUGUGCGUGUGUGUGUGCGCGUGAGAGAGAUUCCCACAGUACUAAUACAAACUACUAUUAACAAACAUUUAUUAUUAAUUUACUGUUGUGUGUGGGUGAAGGGGUGCUGAUAUUUAUGGAACAUUCAUGGCAGGGCAACAGCCAAUCCACCGUCUGCAUGCUUUGGAAAUGUGGGAGGAAGUGAAAGUAUCUAGAGAUAAUCCCCAUCAAACUCCUGAAAACAGUGAGCGAGGUUUAAACCCGUGCACUGUAGGACCCUGGAGCUGUGCAGCAGACAGAUAACAGGUUAUUAAAUAUCAGCACUUCCCUUCACACCUUCUUUACCUUUGAUUGUUUUACUAUGUUUUCUUUGAUUUCCAGCUGCUGGAACUUAAUAAUAAAUGAUAUAUUAAUUCUAAAUAAAUAUCUAAAGAUUCAA